AAGUGAGCUUAGAACAAAACAGGCUUAAUUUGAUUAACAUCAUGUAAAUCAUUACAUGAGAUUAAAGUGAAUUGGGACUGAAAUUGUUUCAUUCACUGGGGAGAUGAACCUGCUUGCUGAUGCCUUUCCAUUUGAAAUGACCAUUCUUUUGAUAUAUAUUUUUCUAAAAGCUACUGCGACAAUUAAAACAUUAAACAGGCUAUUACUGCAAUUUCAGGUAAACUCAAUAAAACAAGAUUCAAAUAUAUGGAAAAUGUCUAUACAGUUCAGCUGUUUUAAAAAUAUUUCUCUGCUAUUAAGAUUUUUUAUUGUACGAGCAUUUGGCUUGAGACAAUUCUAAACUCUACUGCUUGGGAUCGGGGCAAGUCUAGAAGUCUCGCAUUCUACCUACGAAGGUGACAUACGAGAUAUAAAAAAUGUAUACUACAGUAAUAUGUGUACACGCAGGUAUUAAACUCUCUUGUAAAUGUACGUAGUGUAAAUUACCCCUUUAGAAAUGUUAAAUUGUUAAUUAAGGGAUGCAUUUGCUCAAUUGUUUGAUCUUAUUUGCAGUGUGGUUUUAAGUCAUGAGUCAACUACCUAGAUUCUGGAACCUGGGAUGGUCUUCCUUCAUUGACUGGUGGAGUAGUCAGAGUGCUUCAGAGCAAGACUAUGUGACAACUACAGGACCUUCUCAACCCUAUGGUCAGCAGCACCUGAAUGAACCUCUUCUGGACCACAGAGAGGGUCAGCUCUUCCUGACCGAGGCUUUUAAAGUCAUCCUUGAGGAGGUGCUAUGUAAGGGCACAGACGUCAACGAGAAGGUGUGUGAGUGGCGCGAGCCAGAGGAGUUGGCUACUCUGCUAGAUCUGGAGCUGAGAGAGUAUGGGGAGCAACAGCACCAGCUGCUGCAGAGAGUACGGGACGUGGCCAAGUACAGCGUCAAGACCAAUCAUCCGCGGUUCUUCAAUCAGCUCUUUGCAGGGGUGGACUACCAUGCCUUGACAGGACGAUUCCUUACGGAGGCUCUUAACACUAGCCAGUAUACCUAUGAAGUAGCGCCAGUGUUCAUCCUGAUGGAAGACGAGGUACUCUCCAAGCUACGUUCUCUAGUUGGGUGGGCACAGGGAGAUGGCAUCUUCUGCCCAGGCGGUACCAUGUCUAACAUGUAUGCCAUGAACCUAGCACGCUAUCGGGCCUUCCCAGAAGUUAAACUUAAGGGGCAGAGGGCCCUCCCUCGACUGGCUGUCUUUACAUCUCAAGAGAGCCAUUACUCUGUGAUGAAAGCAGCUGCCUUUCAGGGUAUUGGGACAGAGAACGUGUUUAAGGUCAACGUGGAUGAAAGGGGUUGCAUGAUUACAGAUGACCUUAGUGAGAAAAUUGAGCUGGCGAAAUCUCAAGGGGCAGUACCAUUCCUUGUCCACGCCACGUCAGGAACGACUGUACAAGGUGCCUUCGACCCCCUGGAGCCCAUCGCUGACAUCUGUGACAGACAGGGGUUAUGGAUGCAUGUUGAUGCAGCCUGGGGAGGGAGUGUUCUCUUCUCAAAGGAACACAGACAUCUCAUGAGAGGAGUUGAGAGAGCCGAUUCAGUAACUUGGAAUCCACACAAGAUGAUGCUGACUGGCUUGCAGUGUUCAGCCAUUCUGCUCAAGGACACCACGGACCUGUUGAAACGUUGCCACAGUGCAGAUGCAACAUACCUCUUCCAGCAGGACAAGUUCUAUGACAUGAGUCUGGACACAGGGGACAAGUCGAUACAGUGCGGCCGUAAGGUUGACUGCCUGAAGCUGUGGUUGAUGUGGAAAGCUGUGGGGUCACAAGGCUUGGAAGAGCGUGUGGACAGGGCUUUCGCCCAUACAAGAUAUCUGGUGGAGAAGAUGAUGAAAAGAGAGGGCUUUCAACUUAUAGGGAAGCCUGAGUUUGUGAACGUGUGUUUCUGGUUCAUACCACCCAGUCUGAGGGGAAAGGAGAACAGUCCAGACUACCAGGACAGAUUGUCAAAGGUGGCUCCAGUGAUAAAGGAGCGUAUGAUUAAGCAGGGUACUAUGAUGGUGGGCUACCAGCCUCUGGGUGGACGAGUCAACUUCUUCCGCAUGAUAGUCAUCUCUCCGCAGCUCUCCUACCAAGAUAUGACAUUCUUUCUGGAUGAGAUUGAGAGGCUAGGGAAUAAUCUAUGAUAGUCAUUCUAGUUAUCGCCUUGCAUCUCCAUUUAUGUCACUGACUCCUCUGGCUCCCAGAAUCUGUUUUCUAAUAAUAAUAUGACUUGUUUUCUACAGUUUUUGGGGAAGCUACUUUGAAAAUAUAGUUUACUAAGCUACUAAUUACUUCAGAAUGGAAGAAGUUAAGAUACCCUUAAGAAAAGCAAUUUACUUAACUAAAGUUACAUUGAAAAAGUAGCUCACUACAUACAAACUACUUUGUGAUAAAGUACAGUACCAGUCAAACUACUCAUUCAAUGGUUUUAAAACAUUGGUGUUUUGUGGGUACUAUUUAAUGAAGCUGACAGUUGAGGACUUGUGAGGCGUCUGUUUCAUUAAACUAGACAUUCUA